AUGGCAAUUCAAAGUGAAGCUCACGAUGAGGCUGCUCCAGGUAGCUCACUCAAAAACCCAACUUAUCCAAGCAACUGUCUCACCUUCCUGAACCCACCAACCCCGACCCCAGCCCAGGUACCCCAGGUUCGCCUCAAGAUUAUAGUGGUUGGCGCCGGACUAGGAGGCCUCGCGACAGCAAUAGCCCUCGCCAGCUCCGGACACACCGUCACAAUCUAUGAACAAGCACCCGAACUUGGCGAAGUCGGCGCCGGAAUUCAAAUUCCUUCAAACUCAACACGCCUCCUAAGCAGACUCGGCCUGGACCCGUACCUUGAGAAAUACAUCACAGAGCCCGAGACAAUCUCAUUCCGACGAUGGGAGUCCGGACAUGUGAUUGGUCUCACGCGGCUGAUCCCUAAUUUCCGCGAGACGUUCCGGGCGCCGUACUACGUGAUUCACCGCGCUAAUUUCCACACGGCGCUGCAUCGGCGGGCACUGGAUCUUGGGGUGACUGUCAAGCUUGCAGCCAGAGUCACUGAGUUUAAUGUUGCUAAGACUGGGAUUUUGCUUGAGAGCGGAUAUUUUGCAGAGGCGGAUCUUAUUGUAGCUGCUGAUGGUGUCAAGUCUGUCGCAAGGAGAUUGGUUGAUGAUGGGCCUGCAUUUAAGCAGACUGGAUUCGCAGCCUAUCGUGCAACAGUUGAUGUCGCACGUAUCAAGGCAGAUCCGGAGAUUUCUUGGCUUUUGGAACGCCCGAAUUUGAAUAUCUGGAUCGGUGAUCAGAGACACGUCAUGACAUACACAAUUGGAGCAGGUAAAUCAUUUAACAUGGUUCUUUCGCAUCCCGAUGACACAGACCCUUCGACCUGGGAUCAAACAACAGCGCUGAGCGAUAUGAAGCGUGAGUUUGAAGGAUGGGACACAAAGCUUCAAAAGAUUAUCGGCAUGAUUGACAAGACCAUCAAAUGGCCGCUUGUUAGUGGUACACCUUUGGCGCGGUGGACUAUGGGCCGAAUCGUGAUCCUCGGUGAUGCGGCACACGCUAUGUUACCAUAUAUGUCUCAGGGCGCAGCAAUGGCCGUAGAAGACGGCGUCGGUCUUGCCCGCUCUCUAUCAAAAAUCAAAAACACCCAAGAUAUAACGCGUGCGCUCCACAUAUUUGAGAAAGUCCGCAUGGACAGAGCAGGGAAGAUGCAAGAAGCGAGUCUUUUGAAUGGCAAGUUAUGGCACUUUGCUGAUGGGCCACUUCAACAAGCUCGUGAUAAGGCUAUGGGUCCAGAGACGCGGGGUGAGCCUUUUAGUAAUAGUCCAAAUCAGUGGAGUGAUCCGGCGACGCAGAUGUGGGCUUAUCAUUAUGAUGCGGAGGUGGAAAUUGAUCGUGCUUGGGAGAAGGAUGCGCGGAGGAGUUGUUUAUAG